CCUCAGCCGUGCAGAAGUCUCCAUUACCCGGCUUCCAAGAGGAAUUUUGUGGAGCGAUUGGAGCCAGAUACAACUAUGGAGAAGAUAUCAUUCUGUCUUGAUUCUGAUGAUGGCUGGGUGCAAGAAGAGGGAAUCCUGAAGCUAUGUGAGAUACUGAAGGAAGCUGGGCCAGAUGUGUGUGAGUCGGCAGAGUUUGGCCGGCUGACGGAGCAGCUGACGGCCCGGCGUCCGUCGGUGGCGCGCCGCGCCGCCGUCGCUCUCGUGCAGCUCGUGCGCCAGGCGGUGGUGCCGCUGCCGGCCGCGCUGCGCGCCACGCUGACAUCGGUGGCCGUCGACAGCUCUGGUGAUUGUCUGGUAUGGACUGUAACAGAGCUGGUGGAGCUGGCGCUGCUGGCUGCUGCCGGCGGCCAGAAAGCGGCCAGUCCGCUGACUGGCGCCUACCACCCUCACGUGAAGUUGCUGCGCGCGCUACCGCUCCGUUGGCCACAACUGGUGGUCGAGGUUGAGCGGCUGCUGCUGGCCGACACCAGUGUCACGUACCGGGACCUGGCCGUGGAGUACGUCAGCCCGCUGCUCUGGGCCAGCUGCGGCCAGCACGCCCCGGCCGGACUGCGUCACGGCCUGGUGGCGGCUCUCUGCCGACUGGCACGACUCAGCAGGAGCUCCCGGCCCGUGCUGCGGGCCCUGGGCGUGCUCGCUCGACUCCGGGCGCCGGCCGACCAGCUGGCCUGGGAGUUGCCGGCCCUCUGCCGCCUGCUGGUCGACUUCGCGCUCGAGGUCGACGACCGCGCCCUGCUCCGGGCGUUGACCCCGCUCAGCGUGUGCUGCCUGAAGUGGCGGAUGACGGAGGGUCUCAGUGACGUCACCUCGGCUGUUGAUGACGUCAGGCGGCUGCUGGAACUGGGAUUGGGCGGUGACGUCGAGCUGAUUCUGUUGUCUGACAUCAUCAGUCAGUCGUCUGCCCUGACGCUGCUAUCCGGCCAGCUGAUCGAAACAGCGGCAGCCGACCUCCUAUGCUGCGCCCUGUACCGACUGCGGCAGGAGAGGCAGCCGGAGCUGGCGCUGGCGCUCCUGCGCGCCCUGCCAGAGCUGGCCGUCAACAAGCUGGCCGCCAUCGCCGACAUCUGUCAGCAUAACCCGUCCGCGGGCAAGGACCAGCUGUCCGUGCUCUCGCGCGUGCUCACCGAGCUGGGCGACGCGCCGAGCGCGGCCGCCUGCAGUCUGGCACUGACCGGCAUCGCCGCCCUCUGCCGCGCCCAGCUGCUCGACGUGCGCACCACGUGGCGCAUCCUGGCGCCCCAGCUGCGCCAGGAGCGGCGGCCGGCCGUGCUGGCGCGCUACAUGGAGUUCCUGGGCCUGGUGCCGCAGCUGCACGUGCCCAGCGAGGAGUACGAGGUGUUCACGCGCCAGGUGGCCGCCGUGCUGUGGCAACGAGUGGCGCAGCCACGGCCCGAGUCGGUGGCACGUGCCGCCCUCCGCGCGCUGGCCGAGUUCAAGCCGGGCACCUUCCAGCUGAAGAUGCUGCCGGCCGCCGCCAGGCAGGGCCUGGUCGUGCCGGCGAAGCUGAUCGCGACGCCGGCAGACGCCGCUAAGAGGCCGGAGGACCUGCUGAACUACGUGCAGCUGAUCGGCCGAGGCGUCUACUUCACCGCGAAGGAGCGUUCGCGCCGAGAGGGCGGCGAGCCUGCUUCCCUCUCCUACCUGGAGCCAUCGAGCAUCCUGCGCGCGCUGGUGGUUCGUCUCCAGCAGACAGCAGAGCGGUAG